AUGGCCUUCCGAUUUCUUCCCCUUGUGCUGUUCAUAUUCAUUCUCCUACCCUUCAAUGCCUUAGCCCAAACCAAAAGCACUGUUGCUGUGGGAGAUUCUCUGUCAGCAGGAAAUGGCUACUCAACAUGGCUGCUUUCACCUUCUGGAGAUUUUUCUUUUGGCUUUCACCCACUUGACAUCAACAACAAUGAUCUCUUCCUUCUUUCGAUUUGGUAUGCUAAAAUCCCAGACAAGACCAUAGUUUGGUACGCUAAUGGCAAUAAACCUGCACCAAAAGGCUCCAAAGUACAACUUACUUCCGAUCGUGGCUUUGUUCUCACUUCCCCUAAUGGCAUUGAGCUAUGGAAAUCACAAGUAAUUGAUGUGUCUGGCGUUGCUCUGGCUGCUUUGAAUGAUACUGGAAACUUGGCACUUCAAGAUUCGAAGUUUAAGGUUGUCUGGGAGACCUUUAAGGAUCCCAGAGAUUCCUUGUUGCCAACCCAGAUUCUUGAGAAGGGAGGGAAGCUUUUUUUUCUCGAACAUUCGAGACGAAUUUCUCCACGGGAAGUAAACUUACCAUCUGGGUAUGCAAAUGAGAACUACUUUGAAAGUGGCACCGUCGUAUCCAAAUCAUCAAGCGCAGGUCAUUUACUGGUGUUUGAUCCAUCAGGAGACUUGUAUGUUUUGAAAGACGACAAUGAAACAUUGAGCCUCUCACCUCGUGGAAAAACUCCCUCUAAUGACAUAUCCGCGGGAUUUUAUCUCCGAGCAACUCUUAAUUUUGACGGGGUUUUCUCUCUCUACAAAUAUCCAAAGAAUAAGAAUUCUUCAGAUCAGAAACAAAGUUGGAUUCCUGUUUGGUCUCAACCGGAGAAUAUAUGUACAAGUAGUCUGGCAAGUGCAGGAAGCGGAGUAUGUGGAUACAAUAGCAUAUGCGAUUUGAAUGAUCACAAAGGCCAAUUUGCCAGUGUCCACAAGGGUAUUCCCUGA